AGCGGCUCCGCUUUUUUUUUUUUUCACCCCGCGCCCGUUGGGUUUUUCCGCCAACAGGGACCACCAACAGCUUCGAGACGCUGGACAUCGCCUUCGAGAACAUCUCGCUGCCCUGGCAGGCGAGCCAGCGGCUGGUCCAGCCCCGCCUGCAGCGGGAAGCCCGCCUCCACGAGCGCCAGGCCGCCUUCCCCGUCGGCAAGCCCUUGCCUCGCUACUUCCUGGUCUCCAACCCGGGACGGAAGAACCGCUGGGACCAGGCCCGAAGUUACCGCCUCCAGCUCAACUCCCACGCCGGACUGGUCCUGCCGCGACACUGGAAGGAAGAGAAUGGCAUUCCCUGGAGCAG